CGCGUGGUUAUCCAUGUUAAAGGAAGUGUGAGGAUUGAUCUGCUGACUUCCAGCUAUCAUAUUCAUGUUUGUGACUUCCACGGUGACGGUGAUGGUUAUAUAGUGACUAUGUUACGCUCUAAGAAGGACGUGGACCGUCACGUGCGGGAUUUGCUCAAUAAAAUCAAGUCUGAGGAUGAGCGCAAAGUUCGUGGUUAUAAUAUUGCCCGGCUCUACUUCAAUAUCGGUGAAUAUGAAAAUGCUCGUCGCUACCUCAGUGAAUUUCUUGGCGUUCGUCCCAAGGCAAUGGACGCACACCGUCUCCUGGGCCAAAUAUACGAGGGUCUGGGAAACAAGGAAAAAGCCGUGCAGUCAUACAAGACUUCAUAUGAAUUAGGAGAAGGCCAGAAAGAUCUUGUUUUAAAAAUUUGUGAGUUGUAUACAGAUGUACAGGCAGACUCUUCAGUUCGUUUAUAUUGGGCAGAAGAAGGCCAUCGUUUGUAUCCUCACCAUGAAAGCGUCGUUAAGCUCCGUGAGGCCCUGCUCACUGGCUCAGGCUCACACUCACGUCAAGAGCUUGAGAAAUUGUAUCUAGAUGAAAUCAAAGCCUGCCCAACAGCUGUUAGAUUACAAACCAACCUACUACAACUUUAUAAAGACUGGGGUGCAGAAGACAAGAACAAGCUGAAUGAGGCUUAUAAUUACAGUUGUCAAGUGGAAGCUCGAAAAGCAUUUUCGGACUCCCUAGAAUGGUAUCAAACACUAUUUGAUAUUAUGCAGGCUUACCAAAAUACAACAGAUGUUAGCAGUGAUGUCGAAUUUCACACCAACUUCUUGUCUGCACUGGAGCGGCUUGUCUACCUCACUUUAGCAUCCAGCAGUGGCACUGCCCUCCUAUCCCAGUGCACAAUAACAGAUGCUGCUACACUUCUUCACAGAUUUGACCAGAGUUUGUACACAAGCCUCGGUGUAGUUGGUCAGAACACACAGUUUGGUCAGCUGAUGGUGGGACAGCUGUACCUCCACAUGGCCAUCUUCCUCAUACAUAGUGCCAAGAAGGAUGGUUUAACACACACGAGCACCAGUGCUGGAGCUCUUCUAUUCCAUGCUUGUCGUUUCCGAACCUCUGAGAGCAGUCUUUCGUCUAAAUCUUGGACAUCACGUGACCAGUUCUGGCAUAAACUUGCCUGCCACAGGCUCUCCCAGGCUGCACAUGUCCUCCAUCACAUGGCCAAAACAGAGACUGAGAAAGUAACAUUCAUCAACAAAGUCAAACAGCAGUGUAGCAACAAAGAAACUCAGGAGAACAUUCAUCAGACAAUAUUUGGAACUUCCUGUACCAGCAAGAAGGACAAGAGCUUCUUCUUGAAGGAUGAUGACUUUAUCAAUGCUUCUUUAUGCUAUCCUGAAUUAGAGCAAAUAAAGGAGUGGGACAGUGUGGUGGGAAGCAUGUAUUGUGCCAGCCUUGGGGACAUGGUUUGGCUGUGUUUGCAACAAGCUUCCACCAGUACUAAGGAGCCACAACCCUACUACACUUUCACGUUGUUUGAGGGUCUUCAGUUCUCAACCAGCAAUGUAAAUACAGGGGCUCCAGAGACCUUGUGCCAUCUUGAUCUCUUAGCUUUCCUGGCUGCAACAGUAUACUGCCAAAUUGCAGCUUCAAAAGAGGCUCAUGGUCCACCUCCAGCCUCCUUACCAACAGUGGUAGCUUCUGCUUUGAACACAAGAGAGCAAGCUGACUGGUGGACUGCAGCUUAUACCCUCUUCACCAACCGUGCACAUCAUCGGCUUAGCAAACUUAGGAUGACCUUACAACGAGGCUUGGAAGUUAUUAGAGCUCUUGGCAACCAUGGUGUUGACCUCACUCUUAUGGCACACCUAGCACAGAGUUUCACAAAGUGGGCCGGUGCUGCAGCGGAAGAUGGAAGUACUAACAGUGAAAUUGAUGCAUUGAAGGACCGUGCGGAGCAUUAUUGGCAUCGUGUUUUGACGCUGUGUCAGAGAGCUGCACGAAAUGUUACUAAUAUUAUGCCACGAAAUCCACUAUUUGUCGUUCAGAGUGCAAGUCUAUCACCUGAAGAGCGGGAAAAAUUAGAGGAGGAAGGGAAAUACUUCUUGGCAAUGCGUCUUGUUCAUUCCGGCAAGCAACAAGAAGCCAUACAAGCUCUUGGAGAAUUGAAAAGCCCUGAGGCAUCUUUCCAGAGAGCAAUGCUAUACAAAGAACGAGCGAAUGCAAUGCUGACUGAGGGUAACCUGGAGUCUUUGACUUCAGAAAUAAGGUCCCAGCACACCAUCCUCCUCACUCAGGCGCGAGAUACACUUUACCUCACAUUGGAUAGACUGCGCAUGCCAGGUGUGGACCGUUUCCAUCCAUUAAACACUAAACUUAGUCAACAGUUAGAAGAUGUGGAGAGACGUUUGUCCCACAUGACUCUUGACCAGGACAUAACUGCGCAGCGAGAAGAUGACACAGAAUCAAUCUCGGAUGCAUCACAAUCGCCAAAUCCUGAUCUUACAAAUGGGCAUGUGACCAACAUGCCUCAAAUGACAGUGUUUAGUACACCAUAUAGAGAUAUUAAAAAUUCGACACGGAUAACUAGACAGGAAGCACGACCUAGUCCUGAGCGUUUAGAUGCCCAGGUGAGAGCUCUUUCAGAGGUACAAGAGAAUACACUUAAAAACAUGGAAGAACAAAAUGCUGCCCUGAAAGUUCAAAAUGAAGCACUGAGGAAUUUCUGUACCACAAUGGCUAGCGAAUUCAAAGAAAAUUCAUCACUGUAUCGUAGUAUGUUGGACCAAAACAAGUUAUUCUGUCAAGAGGCAUAUACUUCAAUAUUGAAUGAAAUGAAGCAGAUAUAUUCCACUGUAAAGGACUUGCAAGCCCAGGUGCAUACCAUAGCGAGUGACAUUGGAGAUCUGCGAGCUUUAAAAUCAGUUGCUAAGCAUUCAGAAGUAGCAGAAAUUAAGACAAAUGAAGAACAUGUUCCUGUGGAUAUACCAGCUGCUGUUGUCCCUCAAGGUCUGUAUGGCAGUUAUGUUGGGUACUAUGGUCAGCAGCCAGUGCCCAGCCCCCUCAUGCCUACUCCAGGGCUUUUUGGUAACCCUCCAUUCUUCCCACCUUCAACAAUGCCAGAGCAGUCAUUCAGCAUGGCUGCUAGUGUGACCCAAGGACCCUCCAUCUCUACUUUAUCCCAAGCCAGCACUUCCCUGGUAACUCCCACAUUGGGUUCUCCUGCUGGCAUCGCUGUUAAAGAGCCUAUCUCGUCACCAUCUAUUUCGGCUACCCAGUGCAUUCCUGCUAGCAGCCUGGGUAGUAUCAGUUGGAGUUUGGCCACUUCAAUUGCAUCUGUCACCACAGCUGGUACCAGCAGUAGUAGAUUACCUGAAGCUGCUGCUCCUGCACAUGCCUUUCAGAUCACUAUGCCACCUGUUUCUAAUGCUCUCACUCCUCCUCCAAGAUCUAUGCCAGGAGAGUUGCUGUCCCAUACCCUCCCCUGCUCCACCACUGCGGGUCUCCUGGCCAAUGUGCCUCCCCCACUCUACUCGGCGGUCACUCCAGAUUCAUCCCCAGUACGUGGCGAGUCACAAAUUCAGUCACUGUCGUCGGUGAUGUCAACAGAAGGCUUGUCAUCAGCAUCUAACAAUUUGAUAGCCCCGUCUGCUGCGUCCGGUUCAUGGGAUAGCUCUCUUACUUUUAUGGGUGCCUUCAAGUCUCCUGUUGGACUUACUGAGUCAAAGAUCACUCCCGUCAAAAGUAAGGAGGCAGCAGAUGAUGAUAAUGAUAGAUAUGUGGAGGAUGAUCAUGAUCCAUGCCCAGACUUCAAGCCAGUUGUUCCUCUGCCAGAGAAGGUAGAAGUUAGAACAGGAGAAGAGGAUGAGAAGGUGUUGUUUGAAGAGCGAGCCAAACUCUUCAGAUUUAUGGAGAAAGAAUGGCGGGAGCGUGGCACGGGUGUCAUGAAACUGUUGCACAACCCAUCUCAGAGGUCUGUCAGGGUGCUCAUGAGGAGAGACCAGACACACAAGAUUUGUGCCAACCAUCUGGUGACAGCUAAUAUUGAUCUGCAGCCUAUGAAAAAUAAUGAUAAAGUCUGGAUAUGGGCCGCUCAGGACUUUGCUGAUGAGGAAAUUCGCAUGGAAAAGUUCUGCUGCCGAUUCAAGACUGUAGAAAUUGCUAACUGUUUCAAAGAGGCCUUUUUAAAGGCCAAAGCUAUUGCUAAAGAAAAUGAGGAUAAUCAAGUACAGCAGGAUGUAAAUGGUAUACCUAAUGAACCAAGUGAUCAGACUGCAGCAGCAGUGGUGUCCACGGUAGCAUCAUCCAAACCAACAUCACUAGCAGAAAUGUUCAACCUGCCACCAGGAUCUUGGACCUGUCAGACUUGCCUAGUGUCUAACACACAUGAGAAAAUAGUGUGCCCAGCUUGUGAAACACCCCAUCCCAAUGCUCCUAAAACAGAAGAACCAACAUCUGAAUCCAAAACACCAUUUGCUUCAUUUAAGUUUUCCCCAUCAAGUAAGAAUGAAGGUGGUACACCCUUGCCUGGUAGCUUCAAGUUUGUUGGAGCACCACCCUUGUCAUUAACUGUCAAGAGUACUCCAACCACUGCUGCAACUACAACAUUUGGAUUCAAGUUUGGGCUCAAUAUCACCUCGACAACCUGUACUACACCUUCAGCCAGUGUUGUGGCUUCUGCCACUCCAACCACAGUAGUUUCCAUUGUGCCAGCCUCCACUGCUACCUCCUUACCCACAUUGACCACAUCUGAUACUUCAAAGGAAGGUGGAAAGCAGACUUUCCAUGGCUUCACAUUCACCACCACUCCUUCCUUCAAACCAGAGAAGGCAGAGGAGGAUCAGCCAAAGCCCCAAGAGGAUGAGGACACAAAGAAAGACGAGGAAAAGAAGAAAUCAAUUUUUGCUGGAUUUUCAUUUGGAUCAAGUGCAGUUAAUUCUGCAAGUACAGGUUUUGCCUUCAGUACAUCUAAAGUGGAUACCAAGAAGGAAGAAGAUAAAACUAAUGUAACAUCAAAUACUGGAAGCCUAUUUGGCAAUACAGCAUCUGGAACCAUGCUGUCCUUUGCAAGUCUGGCCAACACCACCUCAUCACCAUCUAGUUUAUUCACUACGAAGACAACAGACGCAAUGGUACCAAAGGCAGUAUUUGGUAGUUCCCCUACAGGAAUCAAGUUACCAUCCAAGGAUUACAGUGAAGACAAGGUAGAAGAGUACGAACCCCAAGUGGACUUCCCCCCCGGGUUUUGGCAGGUACGUAUUUUGAUGCGUCGUGAACAGAUUCUAAAGGUGUGUGCCAAUCAUUUCUUGACACCGGAGAUGAAACUUGCUCCAAUGGCGACAUCAGAUAAGGCCUGGAUAUGGGCUGCACAUGACUUUGCUGAUCAAGAAAUGAAAGAAGAAAGAUUUGCAGCAAGGUUCAAAACACAAGAGUCUGCACUUGCUUUUAAGGAGGCAUUUGAAAAAGCCCAGCAGUCCCUGAGUAUCUCAUCAAUAUCAGAACCAGUACCAAGUGCUCCAACAUCUACAUCACAGGAGACAGUCGCUUCUACAACUACAUCCCUGGUAGCCAUGUUCAAACCGGCUGCUGGAUCAUGGGAAUGUCAGACAUGUUUGGUGCGUAACAAUGCAACAGAAAACAUGUGUGUUUCAUGUAGUACAUGCAAGCCUGGUUAUGAAGCACCCAAGGAAAAUGUAACUAAAUUUAACUUUACAAUUAUGACAGAAGAAAAUCAGAAAAACUUGGCUGAUUCUCAAGAGAAGAUCAGUGAUACAAAGCAGUCUCUAGCUGGAAUGUUUAAACCACCAGCUGGAUCUUGGGAGUGCAACAGCUGUUUAGUUCGUAAUAAAGAAACAUCCACUAAAUGUAUUGCCUGUGGAACUAAUGGUCCUACCGCUCUUAUUGAAAAUAAGCCAGCGUGUUCCUUUGGCAUAAAGAAAAGUGAUGGAGUAGCCCCAACUGCAGUGUCAGCCAGUGGUGGAUUUGGUUUUGGCAUCACAGAGAGCAAACCAGCUUUCUCUUUCGGCAUUCCACAGAAUACGAGCCUAACGUCAACUGCAGCUUCUCAGUCAGCAUUUACAUUUGGUGCCCCAAACAAGUCCACCCAAGAGAUCACAGCCACAUCUCAAAGCAAACCUGCAUUUUCAUUUGGAACUUCAAGUAACCAGUCAAAUAAGCCAUUUAGUUUCACCUGGCAGCCAAUAACGACAGCAGCAAGUGUAGACUCGUCCACUUCCUCUUCUUCAACCACCUCUUCUACCUUUUCAUCUACUUUCUCCUCAUCUUUGCCUGUGGCAAUACCCAAAGAGUCUCUUGAAAAACCUUCUACUCCAACAAAGGAUGAAAAGUCUGGAUUUGUUUUUGGUAGCCCAGGAAAAUAUGAGUUCUCCUUUGCUGGAAUUAAAGCCAAAUCUCCACGAUCUAGAGAUAUAAGUCUGUGUGAAUCUGAAGAUGGUGUUGUGGAAGAGGAUGACGGAGAUCAUCUGUAUUUUGAGCCAGUUGUACCCCUGCCGGAGAAAGUGGAGGUGGUGACAGGUGAAGAAGAAGAAGAUAUUCUUUAUGCUCACCGUGCUAAACUGUUCCGCCUGGUCUGUGGAGAAUGGAAGGAGAGGGGUCUUGGGGAUAUAAAGAUCCUCAGCCAUAAACAGGCUUGUAAGAUAAGACUUCUGAUGCGACGAGAACAAGUUCACAAGAUCUGUCUGAAUCACUGCUUGACUAAAGACAUGGAGUUCCGCAAGAAAGAUGACAAAACUUUCUACUGGGCAGCAUUAGAUUAUUCUGAAAGUUGUCCUCAGAAUGAAACAUUUGCCAUUCGCUUUAAAACUCCUGAGAUUGCUUCAGACUUUAUUAAUGCCAUUGAUGGUGCUAAGGUAAAAUUGGGCGGAACACCUUCAACACAGCAGACUGCCAUCACAUCAACUCCAGUGAAACAAGAUCAGGAGAGUAGUGGUGAAGAAAAUUUGCCUGAAGCUUUGGAAAUUCCUAAAGCUUUAGCAUCAUCAACUGAUUCACAGCCUUCCUCCACUUCUAUUGUGGCUCCAGCUGAUUCUACCACUCCAGUUACCACUCACGCAAAGCCAGCUGGGGCUCUGUUUGGCAAUGCAAUGCCUGGACAAUCAAUUUUUGGGGGAUCACCUGGCUCCAUGUUUGGAGUGUCAGGAACGCCUACAUCAACAAUUUUGGGGGAAACCACCACAUCUACAUCUUCAAUAUUUGGGGGAAGAAUAACGUCUUCAUCUCCCUCAAUAUUUGGGGGAGCUUUAUCAUCAUCAGUAUUUGGAGGAACGUCAAUAUUUGGUGGGAGUGGCAGCAACACCGCUCCCACUUUCAUUACCAAUGUUUCACCGAACUUCUCGUUAAAGACACCUGCACAGCAGAGUGUACACAGUGUAACCACAGUCAGUCAUGGAGCCGGGGGAUCAUCACUGUUUGGUGGGGCAACCUCAACAUCGGUAUCCACAAGGAGUUCAUUUAGCUUUGGGGACAAGUUCUCUGAGUGCGAGUCUACAGAUUCUGUGGAAAUAAUUUACGAGAAGAAAGCUACACCUGAGCAAGUUGAGAGGGCACGGAACCUUCUGCUACCAGACAACUUUUAUCUUUAUGAGGAUGCUCCUCGGUGCCCAGGGUGUCGUGGUUGUGAAAAUGAUGAGGAAGAGAUAGACAAGGAAAAUCAAGAGAAUGCUCCAGUGCCAACAUCUGUCAGUUCAAGCUUGGCAUUAAAGCCUUCACUAUUUGGCAACAGCAGUUCAGUUUCUUCUUCCACUGCAUUAUUUGGAAAAUCUCCAUCCACUGCACAAAGUCUAUUUGGAAGCAACACUGCAAACAGUUCUCCCCCAUCUGGAAAGCCUUCCACCAGUAUUUCAAAUCUGUUUACCAACAGUUCUCCCAGUAUAUUCAGUAAUGUCAGUACUCCUGGCAGUUCUACAAGUAUUUUUGGAACUGGUACCACAACUGUCACUGCUAAGAGUAUAUUUGGAAAUCCCCCUGGUACAACAAGUAUCUUCAGCAGUACUACCACAAGCAGUGGCAGUUUAUUUGGUGGUACACCAAAUUCCAUGGGACUCUUUGGUGCCAAACCUGCUGAACCUACAGGGUUGUUCAAUACUUCCUCUCCUGCUGCUGCUACUACAGUCACAAGUGUGGAGAGCACCAACACAAGUACUAUCACUGACUCCAUUUCCAAAGUAGGGUUAUUUUCAUCGCAAAGUGACGCGUCGCAGUUAUCAUUUGGUGACCUUGCAGAAAAAGCUACUGGUACCACCUUUGGAAAACACAAUCCAGCAGCAGAUGCAAUUUGGGCCAUGAGAAACCAGCCAGUGUUCAGCCAAUCACCUAAGAAGGCAGAGGAUGGGGAAGAAGCUGCAGCAGAGGAUAAUGAUGCACAUGACCCACACUUUGAACCUGUUGUGCCAAUGCCAGAUCUAGUGGAGGUGAAAACUGGAGAAGAAGACCUGGAAGUGAUAUUUUCUAAUCGUGGGAAACUUUACCGAUAUGACACAUCUUCAAAACAAUGGAAGGAGAGGGGUAUUGGCGAUUUUAAAAUUCUCUUCGAUCCUGUAAAUAAUAAGUAUCGUCUACUUCAAAGAAGAGAGUUGGUCCACAAGACAUGCUGUAACCACUACCUUACCCCACAGCUAGAAUUAAGACCCUUACAGACCUCUGAAACUGCUUGGUGUUGGUAUGCUACAGAUUAUUCUGACAGCUUAGAAGGAAGCAGUGAACACUUAGCAGUUAGGUUCAAGACCACUGAAUUGGCCAAGGAAUUUAAAAGUAAGUUUGAAGAGUGCCAAGAGAAGUUACGGAAUGCUGAAGCUAGCAAUUCUACAACGGUCAGCGCCUCUGCCACAGUUGCUAUUCCUCAGGCUACUCAGUUUGCAGCAACAGAUGGGCAUGCAGCAGCAGAUGGUCAUGAUAAUGAAAAUGAUGAUGAAGAUGAAGAUUAUGAGGAUGAAGAGGAUGAGGAGGAGGAGGAGGAAGAUGGAGAAGAUACAGUAAUAUUCUUUAAUAAGAGAUGCACUUUGUUCAAAAAGGAAGAGGAAAAUUGGAAGACACUAGGCAUGGGAGACCUGCGCAUAAAAUAUGAUGAUGACAUCUACGGAGCGUGUAUCAGCAUGACCUCGGAUAAGGGCGAGACUUUGGCCGAGCAUGUCAUCGCCAUGCAGACUACAAUGGACAAGGAGGGCAAUGCAGCCGUUUGGACAGUGUUGAACUUAAAACCUGAGCCAGCCGUUACCACCACAUUUAAAGCUGUUUUCUCGUCCUCCCAAGCUUUAGAGGAUUUUGCGACGGCUUUCUGUGAGGGUAAGGAAUGUGCAGUUAAUGCUGGAAUUAUGGAGCAGCAAGGUGGAAUGUGUGUAGAAGUGGCCCCUGAUGAACUUUACUACGGCCUGGGUGCUGAUGAACAUGGAGUGGCCCAGAAGCAGCUGCUGUCUCGGUCAGUAAAACCUUGGAUGAAGCGAAAAACACUUCCAUUGAACAUAGGGCAUUUGACUUCUUGUGAUCCCAAUUUAACUAGAGACAUAGCCACUGCUCUUCAGGAGUACUUUCCAGCACAGAUCUCUAAAUGUGAUUCAGAAUAACUUCUGAGAGUAUGCCUAGUAAGAUAUAGUGAAGCCUCGGAAGAUAAUGUCGGAUCCAGAACUUGAUGACAUGUUUGAUUUUAUCAAUUUCAGUGGAACUGUGGCUUUUUUAUUAGUGGCUGUUUGAAGUUACAGUAGUGUUCGAUAAAAUAUUUCACAAAUAAAUAUCCUGUCAUAUAAAGAAUGGAAUUUUUCAUGCUUGAAGUUGUCAGUACUUUGGUCAUUAUUUUUAAAGCUGUGAUUGUGAUCUCCUGGCUUCGAUUGUUAAUUUUAUCAGCAUCACCUUUUAUGGUGUGGCAAAUCCUUCCAUUAAUCACUGGUAUGAUAGACUUAAUGGUGACUUGUGUUAUUUGGACAGUGUUACCAUGUACCCUUGAAAUUAUGCCAUACCUAAAUAUUUGUGAAGAAUAUUUAUGCUUUUUAAUUUGAUAUAUGAAAUGUGCUCUAUAAUUCAAUGAUUGUUUUACAGACUUGUUAUUUUUUGUAAACAUUUUAAGUUCAGCCAUAGUGCAAACUAUUUUUUCUUAAUACGUUGGUACAAAUGUAACAUUUCUGCUGGCUUUGAAACCCAGGUAAUGCUUUAAUGUGUCCAUAAUUGAUUCCAAUGAAGAACGUCACAUUACAGUUGUAACAAUUUGCAACUUAGGUUGAAGAUUAAGCUAUGGCAAUGCUUCAGUCCAUCCAGGACCAUUACCAGGUUGCGACUUGUUACUGGUCCAGGCUGUGCCAAAAUUUGUCAAGUUUCAUCUCCACUUUGUAAGAGUUGUGUAUUUCAGCAGCUUAGUAGAUAUGGACUUUGUAGCUGGUUCCUGUGUAUCAGAGUUACAGAUUAAGUUACAAACAAAAACCUUUCUGAAUAAACAAAUCCCACCUUAA